AUGUCGGAAAAUAUUAAACACAAGAAAUAUGCGCUUCUUCCAAUGGAAGAUGAGGAAAUGGGGCCUACCAAGGUCGUGAAAAAGAAGAAGGAGAAACGACGACAGAAGCAUAGCUCAAUCCGCAGAAAGGACGACAACACGGACCGGUGGGAUGAUGAGUCCGUCCAUUCCGAAGAAGAAGAUUUCCAAGAGUCGGCUUCAAAGAGAGUCAAGACAACCCACACAGAAGACGAGCUUUCAGAAGCAGAGCAGGAGAGGAGGCGGGAUCAAGAAGAGAAAGAUGCUUUCACGAAGAGGCUGCGAAUGAAAGAUGCCGACAAAACCAAGAACAUCACCGAAGCCUCAACCAAGGAACAACGGAGCCUCUUACCCAAUAAUAAUCCUGCUGCAGUGUCUGAUCUCAGAGAGAGGUCGAGGCAAGACUAUCUACAGAAGCGCGAGGCAGAGCGACUUGCGUUAUUAAGGCAGCAAGUCCAGCAGGAGACAGAAGAGCUGAGAUCUGGGGUUCGAUUAAGUGCGAGGGAAACAGCGGAGUUUGAAAAAAAUAGGCAGGUGCUCGCCCUGGCUGAAGAGCGCAACAAAAUCGACGAUCAGCAGUUGAACAAUGGAUAUGCCCUUCCGGAAGACUAUUUCGCUCGCUCGAAGACCGAUGUUCUCAACAAACGACAUGUCGAAAGAGAUCAGUAUGGCCACGAAAAGUUUGUUUCAGAGCACGAUGAGUGGGAUCGUCAUCAAGAAGGUCUGGCAAAGGCUCAGGUGAAGAGUAGGGAACGAGUCGAUGACAACGAAUACGAUUAUCUUCUUGACGAAAAGGAAGGCAUCCAGUUUCUCCUGGACUCCAAUUUGGCUGGGGGGGAAGGAUUCUGGACAAAGAGGCACGCCAAGAAGAACCUACCCGUCUACAAGUACCGAACUGAGUUCCUUGAGGCUCUAAAAACCCACCAAGUUUUGAUUGUAAAUGGAGAGACUGGUUCCGGCAAGACAACCCAGCUUCCACAAUAUUUGCACGAAGCUGGCUAUACAAAAGGAGGAAUGAAAAUUGGCGUGACGCAGCCGCGUCGUGUUGCUGCGAUGUCAGUGGCACAGCGUGUUGCAGAAGAGGUUGGAGUUAAGAUCGGCAAUGAAGUGGGAUAUGCUAUCCGUUUCGAGGACUGCACAAACGACAAGACAGUCAUCAAGUACAUGACAGACGGACAUCUUCUCAAGGAAAUUGUCGAUGCGCCCGACCUGAACGAAUAUUCUUGCAUUAUGAUUGAUGAGGCACACGAGCGUACAAUUGAUAGUGACGUGCUCUUGGCUUUGCUCAAAGAUCUCGCGCUUGCACGGGAAGACUUGCGGAUCAUCAUCAGUUCAGCUACUCUAUCCGCAGACAAGUUUUCAGAUUAUUUCGCGGGCGCCCCAGUAUUUUUCUUCCCAGGUCGUCCAUAUCCAGUCGAGGAGUAUUUCACUCCUUCUCCCGAGUCCAACUACCUCGCAGCUGCCGUGACUACUCUUUUUCAAAUACACACAUCUCAAUCGUGCGAGUCUGGUGAUAUUCUGAUCUUCUUGACAGGGCAAGAAGAAAUCGAGGCGGCGGCGAAUCAGAUAACCGAGAUUUCUCGAAAGCUUGGAACUCGUGUUCCAGAACUUAUAAUCUGUGAGAUUUAUGCAAAUUUGCCCACUGAGCUUCAAACGAAAAUAUUCGAGCCCACACCUCCUGGAUCCCGUAAGGUCAUUUUGGCGACGAAUAUCGCAGAAACCUCACUCACCAUUGAUGGCAUCAUGUAUGUGAUCGAUCCGGGUUUCGUGAAAGAGAACAUCUACAAUCCUGCAACUGGAAUGUCCAAUUUGGUCACCGUUCCCGUAUCACGCGCGUCUGCAAAUCAACGAAAAGGUCGUGCAGGUCGAACGGGGCCUGGCAAGUGUUUCCGCCUUUACACCAAAUGGGCGUACAUGAACGAAAUGGACGAGAACUCAACCCCCCAAAUCCAGCAGUCUAAUUUGGAUAGCAUCGUCUUGAUGCUAAAGGCUAUGGGUAUCAAUGAUCUAUUGAAUUUCGAUUUUAUGGAUGCACCACCUACGGAAACGUUAAUUGCUGCACUCAACAAGCUUUAUUCGUUGGCCGCACUGAAUGACAAAGGUGAGCUCACUGUGCUAGGAAGGAAACUCAGUGAGCUUCCGAUUGACCCUUGUCUUGGCAAAUCACUCUUGGCUGCUGAUAAAUUCGGUUGCGUGGAUGAGGUCUUGUCAAUCGUGGCAAUGCUUAGCGAGGGUUCCGCUCUGUUUGCGCCUCGCCCAAAGGACACAACCAAGAGGAUACAAUAUGAUAGUGCGCACCGGCGAUUUGAAGUCCAAAACGGUGGGGAUCACCUGAUGAUGUUGACGAUUUGGAAUUCCUGGUAUGAAAGUGGAUUCUCAAAUAUUUUCGCUAAGGAAAACUUCCUCCAGCAGCGAACAUUGGUGCGGGUUAGAGAUGUUCGUGAUCAGCUUGCGAAGCUUUGUGAGCGUGUGGAAGUCACAAUCUCCAGCUGCGGGGCUGCGGACCUAGUGCCCAUCCAGAAGGCAAUUACAUCAGGAUUCUUCACCAAUGCUGCACGAUUACAGAGAGGUGGGGAUUCAUAUCGGGUUAUGAAAGGUCAUACAAGCGUCUACAUACAUCCCUCAUCUGUUCUGAUGGAUCCAUCUGGUGGACCUGGCCCGAAAUUUGUAUUAUACUACGAACUGAUGCAGACUUCUAAGGAGUAUAUGAGGGGUUGCAUGCCGAUUCAGAUUGAGUGGUUGUCAGAAUUAGCUCCUCAUUACUAUAAGAAGAAUGAACUGGACGCCCCUAAAUAG